CAAAGGCUCGUUUGGCUCUCCAGUUGUACGGUCCUGUACUGAGCGCAGUCUGCUCACGGUCUCUACGGACGCUCCUCUGUGUGGAUACCGUAGCCCGUUUCUUUUUCCCCCUCUUUGGAUUAUAUUCUUCUGAUGGUUUUCAACUCCAACUCGAUGCAUAGAAAUGGGUAAACUGCACUCGAAACAUGCCGCUAUUUGUAAACCGAGGGAGAGCCCAGAAGGCGACAGUUUUGUAGUCAAUGCCUGUUUGGCGAGAAAGGGAAUCGAUGACUGGCUCGUGAAGCAGAAAUACUAUUGCACGAGCUCUCGCCUCGACCAACGGGACUGUCACCACAAGAAUAACUGCGGUUUGACUACACGGGAAUCCAUGGAUGAAGCAUGUGCAGAGGGGAUUGGUGAUGAACACUACCGUUUAGAAGUGGCUUUACCCCCAGAGAAGACAGACAGCUGCUGUGUGGAGGAGAAGAUGCAGGAGAGGGACAGCCAAUCUCCCGCAGGGCCACAGAAACAGCUCCAGUUUGAAGAGUUGGAGUGUGCUGUGUCUGUGGAGGAGGAUAACAGGCAGGAGUGGACCUUCACCCUCUACGAUUUUGACAACAAUGGCAAAGUCACCAGAGAGGAUAUCACCAGCCUGCUCCACACCAUCUAUGAGGUCGUGGACGCCUCCGUCAACCAUUCUCCCAGCAGCAGCAAGACAUUGCGGGUCAAGCUCUCUGUGGCUCCCGACUCCAGCCAGCGGUGGAGGAGUUGCACACAGGGGGCGGCAGACAUGUCCCACCCCAGAGAGAAAAAUGACAAGUGCAUAGAAGACCCCAAGAGUGCAGACAAGAAGACUCGAGCGCUCAUAAGGCGCCACCACAGUGACCACCACACCCAGCCGGGCUGCCAGCGCCACUGUGUGGAUGAGAACCUGGAACGCAGGAACCACUACUUGGACCUGGCAGGCAUCGAAAACUACACAUCCCGCUUCGGAGCUGCCCCCACCACAGAGCCGACGAAGGCGGAACCUCAGACGCGGCUGUCCAACCAGACUCGCUCUCGCUCCCAUGAACCAGAAAAUGGCCACUCCCACCCCCACCACCGCCGCUUGCAAACUGUUGUGGACAGUGUUGGUCCGGACAGCCUCCACCCCGCCCGUAUGCGAGGCCAAGACUCAGGGAAACAUGCCCUCCGCUCUCCUAAGACCCACAGCCGGACACCUCCUGCGCAGAUCAGUGGCAGGGUGAUGAGAAGCCGUGGUGUCCCUCCUCCCCCAGCGCUACCCAGCCAGACUCCCCCUCACCAGUCCACAGCCCCUUACCGCAAGCACAAGCAGCGGUCCAAGGAGAGCCAGGGCUACAGGGCCUUGGGCUCUCUGGCUGCUCCAGGACCAGUGGUGGAGAAGGAGCAGGUGAGAGACCUGCCCAGCGUGCUCCUCUACGAGGGGGGGCUGGCACAAGUGGUGCAGCGACAUGAGCAUCACCACCACCAUGAACACCAUCACCACUACCACCACUUUUACCAGUCCUGAAUUUCCGCCCUGCCUGGGACAGCUCAGCACUCCUGCAGCCUCACAAAACCCAGCCAGGCCAGCAGACGCUGACUGCAGUUAGCCAGGCUACCCUAUAUCGUGCAGUGGCUUUGUAGUGGACAUAGGACAUGGGCUGGACAAGAGGAUUAUGGGAGUGGUGUCCCAGUGCUGAGUUUAUAAAUCAGUGUUAUAAAGAAGUUGGUGGGACAAACAAAAGCUCGGGUAUGCAGCAGGACAGUGAAUCAGGGCCACAGUAUGGCCAGGACUGAGGAUCACGGCUAGGGCUAGAGAGGAGGCACAGUGGGGCAAUCCAAUAAACACCCCAGAAGUUCCUCUCCUCCUGACACUGUAAUCCUCGACCUGAUGAACUCUACGACUCCAAACCAGCACCACAACCUUUCCAGACCACUAAGCCAAAAUGUUUUUAGGGAAAUGGAGGAACCAGAGGAAGAAAGACUGUGACGUAAAGAUGAAAAUAUAUGAAGGAAUAUAGGUAAAAGGAGAGCAGGGCAUAGUGUGUGUGUGAGUGUGUGUGUGUGUGUGUGUGUGUGUGUGUGUGUGUGUGUGUGUGUGUGUGCGCGCGCGAGUGUCACGACACUGGUGUCUGUUAAAAACCACUUGAAGUGCGCUCAUGGGUGCGUGAGUAUUUAAAGCAGGCUGUCAGGCAGGUUUUUGAAGAUGAAAAUGAAGAUUCUGAUUCAAGCAUGCAAUACCCCGUAAGCAAAAAUGGGAAAGAAAAUGUUGAAAUGUUGUAAAGGUAAAAAAAAAGAACAGAAAAAGAACAGAGAUCCCAAAUCUGCUGCUACCUCUAAUUUUAUCCUAAUUGUUGUUGUAAUGACUAAGCAUUCAGAGGUUAUUUUCAAAUUACUUCGAAAACUUUUUUGAAAGCAGAGCAAUUGUGUGGCAAUCUGCAGUAUUGAAGUGUCGAAAAGCUCCUUACUUUUAUUAACUAACAUUUACUGUACAUAGGGUAUAUAUUGUUAUCAAUUUUAUAAGCUUUAUUGAUAAUGUGAUAUCUUUGUAUUCACCAUCUGAAGCUUUUAUGUUUGUUUACCUUCUCAACAGCAUUUUAUUUUAUUUUUUUAAGACCACUAGCAGCCUCAUUUGGACUAGAAAAUGUACAGCUGUAUUACCGUGUCACACUCUCUCUCAUUCUCUCUCUGUUCCAACUGUCUCAACACGUGAUUAGAUGCGUGACUGGAAUCCUGAAUGACUGAAAUCCCAACUCUGGACAGUGCUGCGCAGUAGCUCGACCUCGCGUCACAUACACACUGACUGUCCUCCCUGCUGAUAUCGCGCAAACAUCCAACAAACAAGGAAUUAUUUUUAUAUACGUGGCUGUAUUUAUAACAGAAAUCACUAUACAUCCAUUGUAAAGCUCUUGUCUUGUUCCUGGAGGCCAGUCGGACAUGUCCUCAGUCCCAUGAAACACCUAAAAGCAAAACUAGAGAUGGUGUGAUCUUGACAUCAGUGCAAGAGAAUUCUCCAGUCCAGGCUCAGGCUCGGGCAUAUUAGCAUAAAUUGAAACCCUGUUACAUCCAGCCAGUUAGAGGUUGGUGUAUUCAUUCAUCAGUAUGGAGGUUGUGCCUUUAAGGAGUUUUUUUUAACAGUUUUUUAUGCAGGGAACUGUUUUGCUGAGCUUGCAUGUCAUUUUUCACCUAGGUCCAAGCAGUUAUACAUAAUUCACACCUGGGAGUUGCCCAGCACCGUGGUUUACUUUUUGGACAUUAAUUUUCUGACUUGCAGGCUGGCACUUUCCCUAACUCGUAGCAGCUCCGUUGUCCAACCCCUGGCGCUGGCUGGGGUCACACGGCUGCUCCCUCUGUUUCCAUGGCAUCUUCUUGUCCCCCAGCUGUCAGCAGGUCUUUCACCGUGCCGCCAUGUGGCCUCAGAGCUCAGCCAACGCGGCUCCCAGCAUGGCAUGGGCUCUUUCAGCUGUCCCAUUCCUCUGGUGCUGGAUAACACUGGGCUCGGCCCGCAGUCUCCACUAGAGCCAUAACUCAGCACUGCUGCUGUCCUGCCAGCAUCAGGGACCGUCUGUUCAUCCUAUCUCAUGAUGCUCUAUGGGCGCGGCCAUAAACAUGCAGAUGCAUGUUCCAGGAUAGUUAGUUAGGUUUUAUCCCAGGUGUUCUUGGUUGGCUUUCUUUUUAGCAAUUCCCAGAAUCACAUUUAUAAAUGAACUUAUAAACCUUAUACAUCCACAGUCUUUUGUUAAGGUUUAGGUGUCGUGCUCAAGGGAAGCCUUAUCCAUCCAGAGAAACUGGUAGUUGUUGUGGUUACUAUAUCCGCCAAGCUUGAUUUGUUAGUCUGCCAUAAGCGUGUGCAUGUGUUUGUGAAGAGCAAGAAUGCAGUGUAUGCCAGUCUUGCGCUCAGCCCUGCAGUGCCCUCUCACAGCUGCAGGCCGUCCUUUAGCAGAGGCACCAGUCAGACGGGUCAUCUCACGGGACCUGGCGGUGGAAACGGAGUCAUUCCCUGAGGGGGAUCACAGCUGCGCUCCAUACCACAGCUUCCUCACCUCACACCACUUUUCUCAGACAACAAGUCCUUGCUGCUGGAGCCUUCAUAACACUGUAACUCCUCUGUCAAUGGUUUCCCCUCACCCGAAACAGUGUUGAUACCAGCGUGACUCUCCAAAUAUAAGUAGUAUGUAAAUGGUCUGGUUGUGUGAACGGACAGCAUGGAGGCGACUGUUCGUCUUGCAGGGUGGUCCGAUUUGACAUGGUGAGCCUGAGCUUCUGAAGGAAUUUGGGCGGUAGGCUCGGUCAGAUCCAUAGCCAGGUUGUAAUUUUUUAACUUCUUUUACCCGGACAGAGUUUUACUGAACAGGCAGAACUCCUCUUUUUUUAAAAUCCUGCUUUACAUUCGUAAAAUUACCUGACCUCGUACUAUCUGCCCAGUACAAACACACUUCCUUACUUUUGACUUCAAAGCAGCAUCACUGGAGCAACCGGAGGUGAUGCUGCUUUGCUCGAGAGCACCACAGCACUAUUCGUUGAGAGUUGGGAAAGCAGUUUUUAUAUAUAUAAUGUGUAUAUGUGUGUGUGUGUGUGUGUGUGUGUGUGUG